UGUUACAAACUGCCAAACGCACAAGUAGCGUUGAUGUUCAGAAUCAUUCUUAACCAAAUGUGGAACAUUCACACCAUUCAUCUUCUCAUUAUCUGUCUGUUUUAUACAGGAUGUUUUGGUAGGAAUGACGAAGAGAGGUUGAUUCAUGAUCUUUUUGAAGUCAGAAAGUAUAAUAAAGAUGUACGUCCAGUCCAGCAGAAGGAUGAAGUGGUGAAGAUUUCAUUGGGUUUAACACUCUCCAAUCUCAUUUCAUUGAAAGAAGUUGAUGAGACACUGACUACAAAUGUAUGGAUUGAUCAUGGAUGGUAUGAUAAACGACUCACUUGGAAUGUAUCAGAAUAUAGUGGAAUUGAAAUAAUCCGUCUACCCCCCUAUUUGGUGUGGAUACCGGACAUUGUCCUAGAAAACAACAAUGAUGGACAACACGAAGUGGCCUUUUUCUGCAAUUUGCUGGUCCGAGCAAAUGGAUUUGUUACAUGGCUUCCCCCAGCAAUAUUCAGAAGUGCCUGUCCCAUCAACACUCUUUACUUUCCUUUUGAUUGGCAGAACUGCUCCCUGAAAUUUACGUCUUUUAAUUACAAUGCAGAGGAGAUAAAUUUGGAACUGCAAACAGAUUUUCAAAAUGGCAAAGAGUUUCCUAUUGAAUGGAUUAAUAUUGACCCUGAAGCGUUCACAGAAAAUGGUGAAUGGGAAAUUAUUCACAAGCCUGCGAAAAAGAACAUACAUACAGAUGUUCCUCGGAAUAGCACCAAAUACCAGGAUGUAACAUUCUACCUCAUUAUUCGACGCAAGCCACUAUUUUAUCUCAUCAACAUCAUUACUCCUUGCAUUCUCAUUUCCUUUCUGGCCUCAUUAGCUUUUUAUCUUCCUGCCAACAGUGGUGAGAAAAUGACCAUGUCUAUUUCUGUUUUACUUGCUCAGUCUGUCUUCCUGCUGCUGAUUUCUCAAAGAUUGCCAGAGACAGCUCUAGCUGUUCCACUAAUUGGCAAAUACUUGAUGUUCAUAAUGAUUCUGGUCACCAUUGUGAUAGUGAGCUGUGUCAUUGUAUUAAACUUCCAUUUCCGAACUCCCAACACUCAUGUUCUCUCAUCCCGGACUAAAUGGCUGUUUUUGGAAAAACUCCCACGGAUCCUGCUCAUGUCCCAACCCAAUGACAGUGUCUCGCCUCCAUGGGAAAACGGUGUGUUGCAGCGACGCAGCAGCUCCCUUGGAUACAUUAUCAAAGCACAAGAAUAUUUCACUAUCAAAUCCAGGAGUGAACUUAUGUUCGAGAAACAAUCUGAACGACAUGGCUUGAAGACACGGGCCACUCCAGCAAUUAGUCUAAAAAGCAGUCAUAAUGAUAAUGAAAACAUUCCAGACCAGCUGUAUGCCGAGCUCAAGUCAGGCAUCGAUGGGGCGAACUUCAUUGUGAAACACAUUAAGGAAAAGAAUGACUAUGAUGAGGAAGUUGACAACUGGAAUCGUGUGGCCCACACAUUAGACAGGCUUUGUAUGUUCAUCAUAACUCCAAUCAUGGUUUGUGCAACAUUUACCAUAUUUUUGAUGGGAAACCUUAAUCACCCUCCCCCAUUACCAUUUGAAGGUGAUCCCUUUGAAUAUUCAGCAGAUCGCCCACGAUGUUUGUAGCUUUCAAGUGUCCAUGAACUACAGGAUAUCACAGAAGAUACUACUCCAUUUACCCCCAUUGGUCAUUAUCCACUCACUCUUCCCAUCCCCAUUAUACACAUACAAGCCAUGGUAAUGUAUACAAAGUUGGAAAACAUAGCAUACAAAUCUAUAUAUAUAAACAUGAAAUAAAUGUAUAAAAUGCAAUUGUGUGUGCAUACCAUAAUGCAUACAGACAUACAUUGAUGUUCUCACAGACAGACGGUGAGUUUUAAAAGUAAAUUUCUCUCCCUACUCUCACCACCUGUCUGUAAGCAGAUUGUGAUUUUUCCCCCUUUUUCAUACAGUUGUAGUAUAUUUCCCUGACUCCUGCUAUUUGUAGAUUCUGACUUUGUAAGGACUGCAGCAAUUCUAAUGUAAAAUCAACCCGGUUUAUAUCACACACUCUUACACAUAAUUUGGAGAUGCUGGUGUUGGACUAGAGUGUAUGAAGUUAAAAAUCACACAA